AUGGACCGUCCCAUCCGUCGCGUGAUCACCGCCCACGAUGCCACAGGCAAAGCCUACUUCGCCUCCGACGAAAAGCUCACCCCCUACGAUCCGACGACUGCGCCUGAAUUCACGACCCCUGGUCCACAAUCCGGCUUCGGAGUGGUACAGAUUCAUCGAUCGCGCGGGUUCCCCGCCGAUAACAUGCGCGAGCUCCCCGACCCAAACCGAACUCUCGUCCCUCUGGCCGAUACCAAGGGCCCGUCCUGUCGCAUCCUGGACCUCCCGCCUGCCGAACAAGGCUGGAUGCACCGAACCUUGAGCUUAGACUAUUUUGUCGUCCUGUCCGGGACAGUGGGUUUGAUUACCGACGGUGGCGCCGAGAAGAUUCUCAAGCCGCAUGAUGUCGUGGUAUGCCGGGGAACCAACCACGAGUGGGUCAAUCGCGGAAACGAUGCUGCUAGACUCUUUGCGGUGGUUGUGCCUGCCAAGGAGAUUGUGACUGAGGAUGGCCAGAGACUGGAGAAGACACCCGCUGGGCCCAUCUUUGACCCGCCCGAGGAGGAUUAA